AGCGCCGCCGUCGCCAUGGUAACCGCGUGCAGCCGCCGCUGGGCCAGUUCACGGCUGUAUUGUUGUGGGAAAGGAGUGUGUAGUGACCCAGACCUGACUCACAGUAGCAAAAUGGCCUGGUCUCAGGCUCCCCCGCCCCGGCCACAAAGCAAAGCGCGCCCCUUCCCGGUGGUUUGGGGCCGCGGGUGCCGGCGGCCAUCCAGAGCUUGGUCGGGUCCCCGGAGGGACCCGUGGUGGAACCCGCCCUGAGGCUUUGGGAUUCCGCCGCAGCUUUCAGUUCACAUAAAAUUGGAAAAUGGACUUUGUCAAGAGAAUGGACGUCAUCAAUAUCACCGCCUUGCCAAUGAUCCCAUUGGACGAGCGCCUGGUGGUCUCUGCCAAUUCACGGAAAGUACUGGAGAAUGCUUUGAGGAAGCAGUUACAAGACCAUCCACCCACAUGCAUUGUUGGCUCCAUGAGCCAGGUGAACCAGAGGAUUACUGAAAUAGACCUGAGAUCCAGCCUGUGGACCAGCACCUCCGCCAUUGAGGACUAUGAGUUGGAGAAGAAGUCUUUAAAAGAGAGAACUCACAGCAGCCCAGGAGACAAAGUCAAGCCACCAAAGGAAGAGCUGCCGAUAACCUGCAAAGGCUCAGAGCUCCGGAAUGCCAAGUUGAUCCUGAGCAAGAGGAAAACAGCAGAUAAGAAUCUGCUGGCAGAGCUGCACCAGCACCCCCAGUUUGACGAAACUAGGCCCAACAAGCUUCCCAACGGCGUGGACUUCUGUGACAUGGUGGGCAAUGUGAUCCGAUCUGAGAAAAACCCCCUUAGUGGCAAGUCUUACUGUUCAGACAGAGAAUUAGAGAAGUUUCUGUCUUCUCCCUCCUUCAGCGCCAUCUGGCUGGACAGCUUUUGGUGGUUAUUUCAUGAACGGUAUCAGCCAAACAAGGAAAUCCAGCACAAGCUGUUUGACCGAAUAGCCCGAAAUUACGCCAUCCUGCUGUUCAAAAUGGUCCGGACUCACUAUGAAGAGGCGCUCAUCAAAAGGCUUCCGUCGCUUCUGAGCAAAGCCCUAUACACCAGCUUCUGCUGCUGCUUCCCCCAGUCCUGGUUCAACACCCACGAAUUCAAGUCGGAGAUUUGUAACACCAUGGGCCUGUGGAUCUCAGGGACAUAUCCUUGCCCACAGAGCUAUGACAGUUGGGACUACUCAGAACUGGAUCCAGAGAGAUUCCGGAGAGAAGAAUUAAUGUUACAGAGCAGUCGACUUAUAAGGGGAAGAGAGUUCACCCUCUUCACUUGUAUGAAAACCUCCUUCCCAAAGACAGACCACUACAAAAACAAGAAAUUCCAUCCCCUUCUGCGUGCAGAAGGACAUCCCUCAUCACUGAAGCAGUCUUCUAGUUUCUCUACAACCCACGAGAAAGGCUUUCUGAGGAAGCUGACUGCAGAGGAAAGAAGCUCACGAUGCUACCACAUGAAAGAACACCCUGUAACAGCCCUGUUCACCAGGAAACCCACACAGCAAGUCAAGAGGAUAUCAGAAGCCAGAGCAUGCAUGAGUUUGUUACUGAAAAAGUCCCACCCUGCCUGCACAAGCCCCAAGUUGACUGUAAGCCAAUUCAACCUUUAUGGGAAGAGUCCGCUAAUUAUGUACUACUUCCUCAACUACUCCAAGCUGCCGCUUAAAGGCCAGGAUCUGCUGAUCAGCCGAAGAGAAAAGACCAAGGUCAUCCCUGACUCUGUCAUGACCUAUGCUGACAUUAUCCACCUGGUCACGAAGAACAUGGAGACUCGGAAGAAACGGCUCAGGCAGCUGGACCGGCUGCAUGAGAACGAGUGGGCCUAUUUUAACAGCUAUCUAACGGAACUGCAAGAGAAUUUCGAGAGGGAGGUGAAGAUUAUCGAUCAAAAAGUAGCAGAAAAAAGAAAGGCCAACCAUGACCAUGUUUCUUCUUCAUUACUAUUUGAUGACUUGUUCUUCAAGAAGUCCAGAGGAACCCCCCACAAAGAAACAGCUUUUCUCUCAAGGAAGAAAAAGAGGGAGAUAGAAGAGAAACUGAAGGCUUUCCAGUCCCCUUUCUCAUUGCAGAGCCCCAUGGACACCUAUACCCUGGGCCUGAAAAGCCCCUACAGGAUCGGGUCUCCUUCCAGUAGCAGUGAACACGUUACCAAGGUUUCCAAAGCCACACAGGACAUGCUCUUUAGACUCUCGCCGUCUUCCAUGGAGUGAACUUGCCCAAGCACAGGCUCGGACUGCAGUGGGGGUGUCUGCGCCUGUUGUCGAAUAGGAUGGAAAAUGGAGUCAGUGAUGGCAAACGAGAGCACAUCUGCAGCCAGGAGCAUGCCGAGUCUUCCCCAGUCCACAGGACGAAGACAAUUAAAGGUCACAUCUACCACGAGCCAAAGUGAGGGCUGAGAAAGUGA